CGAGGAGCGCUAGGGGUGAGACUUCUUCGUUGAAGGAAUGCGCAUCGGCAUUCUUUUGAGUUCUCAGGAAGCCGUUUUAAGAUUUUACAUCGUGGACAAGAGUGUCAGUGAGCAAAAGCUUUCCAAGACGGUGUGCUGUACCACGAUUGGAAAUUAUCAAAGAAAUGUCCUGGCAUGUGAAUGUGUGUCUGCAUGAUUCAGCGUGGUCUUGGGCGCUUUUGUAAAUGUUUCUUGC